CGUUCCUCGAGUCCGACGCCUUUUAUCUACCCUUCGAUGGCAGUAUCCGCAGCCAGGCAGCUUGCAAAAUCAUAGGAAGGGAUGAGCUAUUUCCCUUGAGCUUAACUGGGCACUGGUAGCCCGCAAGAAGCGGGACCCGAGUGCCUCUAAACACAAGUGCUUGCGUAUAGACGAUAGAUUCUGCAUAAAAAAAGCCAUCAAACCAUCCACCAACAUUAUGCCGGUCAAACGCAAGGCGACUGACAGUGGUCGGUCCAGUAGAGCGUCGAAGCGUGCAACCCCUGUGCCUGAUGCCCCGGAAAUUGAUAGCGACGAUGAUUACUCCGAUUGGGAGCAGGAUGCGAAGAAGGACAACCUAAAAGGCUUGGUGGACAAGUUUUCGCUUGAAUCAUUCAAUAAGAAGUCCCAGAACCAAGAUCCGAAUUUUGGCUACAAGGACUUCUCCUCGCUCCCGUUGAAGCCGGACCAUGCGAACCGACCCUUAUGGAUUGAUCCGUUGAAAGGGACGAUUACCCUCGAGAGUUUCUCUCCUCUGGCACCGCAAGCGCAAGAUUUCCUCACUACGAUCGCCGAACCGCUGUCGCGCCCGACUCAUUUACAUGAAUACCGGUUGACAGGGAACAGCUUGUAUGCUGCUGUGUCGGUGGGCCUCUUGCCACAAGAUAUUAUCAACUUUUUGGACCGGUUGACGAAGACGCCUCUUCCUGAGUCAAUCAAAUCCUUCAUCGUGGAAUUUACGAAGUCAUACGGAAAGAUCAAGGUUGUUCUGAAACACAACAGGUUUUUUGUGGAAAGUACCGAUCCGGAAAUGCUGCAAAUGCUGCUCCAGGAUGAAGUUAUAGGGUCCCAGCGCGUGCAAGCGUCAGAGGGUAUAACCCAGCAAGCAGCGCCGAAAAUGGGUGGUCUUGUCAUUCCUGGAACUAGGGAUGCCGCUGGGGUCAGGGAAACAUCAGAGCAAAAGGCUGUGGACGAGAGCGCAGGCAAGCGUGCAGAAGACGAUAUUCUUCUAGCUAUCCGCGAUGACGAUGACGACGAUGAGCAGGCUCAGGUGCAUAGUUUCGAGAUACCAAAUGAGGCAGUCGAGUCCGUCAAAGCACGCUGUCAAGCCAUGGGUUGUCCCGCAUUGGAGGAGUACGACUUCCGAAAUGACGAAAUUAACCCAACCCUAGAUAUCGAUCUCAAGCCGGCUGCACGAAUUCGAAGCUACCAGGAAAAGAGCUUGAGUAAGAUGUUUGGUAAUGGACGGGCAAAGAGUGGUAUCAUUGUCCUGCCUUGUGGUGCGGGCAAGACACUCGUUGGUAUCACCGCUGCCUGCACGAUCAAGAAGGGAACAAUCAUCCUUUGCACCAGUUCCAUGUCAGUUGUACAGUGGAGGAACGAAUUUUUGCGUUGGUCAAAUAUCGACCCCGGCGAUAUUGCCGUUUUCACUUCCGACAAUAAGGAGAAAUUCCGCCGGUCUACUGGUAUUAUUGUCUCCACUUAUUCAAUGGUUUCUCAAACAAGAGCACGAUCCCACGACGCACAGAAGAUGAUGGACUGGAUUCAGUCGCGGGAAUGGGGUCUUAUGAUUCUUGACGAGGUCCACGUCGUGCCCGCGAUCAUGUUUCGAAAGGUUACCUCUGCCAUUGCGACGCAGAGCAAGCUUGGGUUGACUGCCACACUCCUACGUGAAGAUGACAAGAUCAAAGAUUUGAACUUCCUCAUUGGUCCCAAACUAUAUGAGGCAAAUUGGAUGGAACUUGCAGAGCAAGGACAUAUUGCCAAAGUACAAUGCGCCGAGGUAUGGUGCCCAAUGACUACAGAAUUUUAUACCGAGUAUAUGCGGGAGAAAUCAAGAAAGGCUGCCCUAUUAUAUACCAUGAACCCUCGCAAGUUCCAGGCGUGCCAAUUUCUCAUUGACUACCAUGAAAAAAGAGGCGAUAAGGUCAUCGUUUUCUCAGACAACGUGUACGCCCUUGAGAAGUACGCGCUCAAGCUGAAGAAAGCCUACAUUUACGGAGGGACGCCUCAGAACGAGCGUAUGCGUAUCCUCGAGAACUUCCAACACAAUGAACAAGUUAACACAAUCUUUCUCUCCAAAAUUGGCGAUACAUCCCUCGACUUACCUGAGGCAACCUGCCUCAUUCAAAUCUCUUCACAUUACGGUUCUCGCCGCCAGGAAGCACAACGUCUAGGACGAAUCCUCCGAGCCAAGCGCCGCAACGAUGAAGGCUUUAAUGCGUUUUUCUAUUCUCUAGUCUCGAAAGACACGGAUGAGAUGUUCUACUCCUCAAAACGGCAAGCGUUCUUGGUCGACCAAGGCUAUGCCUUCAAGGUCAUUACCCACCUGCAGGGUAUUGAAAAUCUAGAGGGGCUAGCAUAUGCCACACCGGCAGAGCGCCGCGAGCUAUUGCAAGAAGUUAUGCUUCAAAAUGAAAGUUCUGCGGACGUCGAGAAUGUCACAGACGACCUCUUCUCUGAACGGUCUAGUGGUAACAGGGCCCGGGCAAAGCCUGGCGUCAAGCGGAGCGCCGCUACGCUUAGUGGGCUGGCUGGUGGUGAGGACAUGGCGUAUAUCGAGUACAACAAGAGCAGAAAUAAGCAACUCAAGGAGAAACAGCAUCACCCUCUGUUCAGAAAGCUGGAGCGCGAGCGCCAGAGGAGAAAGAAAGAGAUGGAGAAUUUCAAUCGAUAG